CAGUCUGCAGUGUAGGAUCAGUUGGUAAUUGCCCCAUCCACAGAGUGCAAGAUGAAGACUGACUAUGGAACUAUCAAUUCUGGACAAUUUGUUCGUACUUUGUCUUCGUAUGACGUAAAAUUGGACAUAUUUGUAGAGGGUUGGUUUUGUACACAACAAUGACAAGAAACCAAGCCCAUCCUCGCAAAGCCCGCCAUGCAGAAGUACGAGGAGAAGCAGCGCCUCCUCGACAGCGACCAGCAGAGCGAGUCCACCUCCAUAGACCUAGAUGACGUCACCGCCGGAUCGAACGACCCGGUCUUCAACAGGAAACUGGAACACCCCACCUCCAACUUCGACACCAUGGUGCACCUCCUCAAGGGCAACAUCGGCACCGGCAUCCUCGCCAUGCCGGAUGCCUUCAGGAACGCCGGUUGGGUCGUGGGGCUCUUCGGAACCAUGUUCAUGGGAUUGGUCUGUGCCCAUUGCAUGCACAUGUUGGUGGGGUGCUCGCACGAGUUGUGCAGGAGGACGAAGAAGCAGUCUUUGAACUUUGCGGAGGUGGUGGAGAGCGCGUUUUCCACCGGGCCGGAAUCUAUACAGAAAUACGCGAAGCUUGCCAGGACAUUAAUAAACGUUUUCCUCUGCAUCACCCAACUCGGAUUCUGCUGCGUAUACUUCGUCUUCGUCGCUGCCAACAUCCAUGAUGUCGUCAAACACUACUUCUUCGACAUGAGCGUCCACUGGUAUCUCCUACUGCUGCUCCUUCCAAUGGUACUACUCAACUGGGUGAAAAGUUUGAAAUAUCUCACCCCUGCGUCACUAUUCGCUUCGAUAGUGACAUGCAGCGGACUGGUUAUUACAUUCUUCUACAUGCUGCACGGGUUACCGAGUAUCACCUCAGUGCGAGCCUUUUCGUCUUGGUCUCAACUGCCUCUUUACUUUGGAACGGCUAUCUACGCCUUCGAAGGCAUUGGAGUGAUUUUGCCUUUGGAAAAUAACAUGAAAAGCCCCCAAGACUUCGGUGGUCCGACGGGAGUUCUUAACACUGGCAUGGUUAUUGUAGCGGCACUGUAUACGGGCGUCGGAUUUUUCGGUUACCUCAAAUAUGGAGAUAUGGCUGUGCAAGGAAGCGUCACCCUUCUGUUGCCUGCAGAUGAAUUACUGGCACAAUCUGUUCGGGUGAUGAUGGCCGUAGCAAUUUUCCUCUCUUACAGCCUGCAGUUCUACGUUCCUUUUAACAUCGUAUGGCCUAGUAUCAAAAAGCACUUUGAGACAGAGAAAACCAAAGACGUAGCAGAAUACAUCACCAGGACAGUCCUAGUAUUUAUAACUUUCAUAUUUGCUAUCGCCAUUCCCAAUUUGGGGGCGGUGAUAUCUCUAGUGGGAGCUUUCAGUAGCUCCGCUCUAGCUCUAAUUUUCCCGCCUCUUAUCGAAAUCGUCACGUUUUGGCCUGACGAUCUUGGUAGGAAUAAGUGGAUAUUGUGGAAGGAUAUUUUUAUUAUCCUUUUUGGUUUCGUAGGCUUCUUAGUGGGUUCGUACGUGAGUUUGCUGAAUAUAUUGUACCCCGAACAGCAAAUGUAAUUAUUUUCGUGGGGUUAAAUGUCAUUUUCUAAUUUCCUGACAAUAUUAACGAUGACAAUAACGUUGUAAGAUCAUAAGAUGAUCGCGCGGAGGGUGUGACAAGAGAUGUGAGUUUCUUUGGUGAUUCCUAGGACCAAAAAUCAAGGUUACAAGUUAAACUAAACAUUGAAUUAGACAAUCGAUAUACUUAUGUAGAUGUUUUAUAAUAAAUAAAUGAAUGUAUUUUGGUCCUUGGAUCAUAGGGUUACAUCUCGUGUAGAAGUAAUCAUCUGCUUAUACAACCAAAUACAUAUGUUGUUCUAAUUUAGGUUAUGUUUGCUGAAUGUAAGGCUUUUAAAUGAAUUAGGAUAUAAUUCUUGAAGAUAUGUACCAUUAUUGGAGAUUUUCCUGUAUCAAAAGCUUUAAAAAUGUUUCCAAGUAAUAAUUUAAAGUAUUGUAUUGCCACUAAAGAGGGCAGUAUAAUAUUGCUCUCCUCUGUGUUUUCAACGAAGACCUCUCUGAGUUGCUUUGGAAUCCUGAUUUGAUUUGCAUGAUAAAAAAAUUAAGAUCGACUCUGUUAUUCCUAUUCUAUUUUGUGAUUCAUAAAUGUUAGUUCUAUAGUGUGCUUGUUGCUGGGUCUCUUUUAGAGGCUGUGUUAUUGUUUUAUUUUAACGAUUGUCCGUAUUUACAAAUUCGACUUAUUUUCGUACAAUUUUGUAAUUUCGCUAUUUAUUGUAGAUUUUAUUUAUGUAUAUUUAUGUACAUAUCAUUUGUAAUAUAUUCCUCGUAAGUAUUAUCUCAUAUCACUGAGGGUGAGUCUAAAAUGUACGUUUUUAGGUACUUAUUUUAUUUGUGAUCAGUAUUGAAAAUACUUUACACUUGCCUAUAUUUUUUCAUGCCAAUUUAAUGUAUAGUGUUAUAUUUUUAAUUGUUGUACUGAGGUGUGAAAUAUAUUUUAUUUCAGAGAUUUA